GAUGUGAAGGUUUACGUGGACAACAGUUGUAACUCAAGGUCCACUUACUAGGUUUUUACAAUAGAACUGCAACAAAUAAUCAACUGAAAAUUAACCAGCAAACAUCCAAUAAUUAAAUAAAAGUAAUUUUUUUUAAGCAAAUAAAUCAAACUUUUGGAGGUUCAAGUUUCUCUAAUAUGAGAAUUUGCUGCUUUUUCUCGUCUCAACAUAAUAAAUUGAAUGUCUUUGGGUUUUGGGUCAGACAAAACAAGACAUUUAAUAACGUCAGCUAAGACUAAAUUGUGUUUAUUAUGUUUUAUAGACCAAACUGUUCAUUAAUUAAAUAAGUUAGUCUUAGCUUUGCCAUAAAGUGUUAAUAUGAUCCUAAAUCAAACAGUUUCUGUAGUUUUGAAAGCUCCAGAAGAAGGUUUUGAACCUCCAAUCAUUUUCUUUUCAGCUGAAUUCAACUUAAAUUAUUUUAUUAAAUAACGUUUGUCGCAAAAACAAUAUUAAGUUCUUUAAGAAUGUUUUAUAGCAGAAAGUUUGAGCCUCGACAAAACCUGAAAGGGACAGUUUAUGUAAAUCAGGGGACACAUUUGUGGAUUAGCACAGUCUUUUAGCACUAAAUACCGUUUAAAAGCACCACAUGAGCUUGUUUUCUCCCACUGCUGUUUGACAAGCUACAUGUCAUUUAACAUAUCGGGAGAAAAAGUGCUGCAGCCGAAAGGGGGGACAGAGGACGCUGAGCCAUUGGGGCUUUUACAACCUGCCAGUGUUGGUCCCCCUUGAUCAUGAGUGAGGCCUUACACACCUUUUUCAGACAUGAAAAGGUCUGGCAGGAGCUUGGUGACAGCUGCAUCCUCUGCCCAAAUAACAACCUACAGUCCUAGCACUGCCUCUUAAAUCUUAAAGUUUGCUUAAAGCAAGUGAAGUUUGUCAGAAUAACUCAAAAAGUUUGUUGAAUUGUGUAAUUUUUAGGAUGGAUAAACUCCUCAAACUGGAAAAAAAAACUGCAUUGGAAACAAGUAGCAACAUGAUUUUAAAUAUAUUAAGUGAUAAUAAAUGAUUUUUGGCUUUUAUUGACACGCAGGACCGUGAUGUGUGUGUGUUUAUAUGUGUUUGACUAUGUGACUUCCAGACUGGAGACACACGCAGGCCUGACUUUGCCAGAGUGGUGUGAAGCUCUCAGGUCAAACAGCAUCCCCUCAGUCCUUCAUUAGACAAAUCACAUCAAACUGAUAAUUGUCGUCGUUCAGACUUUAAAGAGUAAUCUCCCACAAAAGGAAUCUAAUUAUUUUUCUUUCCAUCACAUUAUCCGUCUAUUUAGCCUUAUUCACACCCGAGUGAUAGCGAACGACGUCCUUCGGGAAGGUCGCAUUUUGGCACUUGAGGUUUUCUUUGAACUUUCUCCUGAGCUGUGAACCCAUAAACCCUCCGGAGAUCUGCUUCUGUAUAAAAACGCGUUGGCAAAAUCACCUUCAACAAGAAUCUGUCAUUGCCAUCUUGCGCUGCGUGGAACUUCUUGGUCGUCCCGGGGGAUAUUUGUUUCUAACAUGGACCUGGAGGUAGCGAAGAUACUGUCCGACUGGGACAUCCAGAAGAGUUCAUUUGGAGAAGAGGACCAGGACUCGCUUCAGUCCACCUCACCGGAGUCCUCGAUGUGCUCCUCGCCGGAGAUGUGCUACUCCAGCGGGCACCAGGAGAUCGGUGAUUACUCCUUCGGCUUCUCGGGACGCAGGGCGAGUCCGGCGGCGCAGAGGAUGAGCAAGCCCAAGAUGUCCACCAAAAGACGCAUGAAGGCCAGCGAGAGGGAGAAGAUGCGCAUGAGGAGUCUCGCAGAGGCUUUGCACCAGCUCCGCGACUACCUGCCGCCGGACUACAGCAAGAGAGGACAACCCAUGACCAAGAUACAAACCCUCAAAUACACAAUUGAAUACAUCAACAAGCUUUCAGACAUCCUGGGCCGCGCGUAACGGACCCAAAUGGACCACUUUUUACGCAUCGGGUUUACGCUCAUUUGAUGGAGUUAGUUUUAUAUCUCUGAUGAGUAAUGCAACAUCUUUAAGAUAACUUAAUUGUUUUCAUUUCAUAUUUUUCCUUCACUUGUUUUUGUUUUGUUUUGUUUUGGCCCUUCUCUUGAUUGUAAAUAUUGUUUACGGGCACUUGGCAAUUAUUUUUGUAUAUGAGGCUGCCUUUGUUGGAAUUAUGAAUUCACUGUUUGGAAAUGGAGUUUGUGGUUUGUUGAUAUGUAUAUGUUUCGAUCGUGAUGGGUAUGAAAUACAGCUUUACUGAUGAAGAACCUCUCCGAUAUCCCCACGUUUGUGUUAACAGAUAAUUUAGAGAAACCGCAUCAUACGUGUUUGAUACUGUUUUUUAAUCUGUUAUUUACUGGUAUCUUUUUUUAGAACUGAAGUAGCUGCAUGAUAUUUUUGUUUUGUUGCGUAUUGAAAGCUAUUAAAUAAUAAGUCAUUUUGUUUAAAAUGAGUGAAAUUGUCAAUCCAAGUCCUAUUUUUCUUCAAUUGCACAAACAUAUCAGACUUGUUUAACGUGUUUACACUGUUAAAACAAUUCCAUUAAAUCCAGAUUAUUUUCACAAACAUGUUUUAUGUUACUUUAAAAUCUUAAAUAAAUCAGUGUAAUGUGUUGAA